CGGAGGAAGGGAUGGUGGAGGAGCAAGAAGAGGAGGAGGAGGAGGAGGAGGAGGAGGAAGAGGAGAAUGAGGAGGAGGAGGAGGAAGAGGAGAAUGAGGAGGAAGAGGACGUAGUGAAUGAGGAGGAAGAAGAAGAGGAGAAUGAGGAGGAGGAUGAAGUGGAGGAUGAGGAGGAGAACGAGAAGGAGGAAAUGGACGAGGAGGAAGAGUAGAGCCGAGCGAGCUGGCCAAUCACAAAGCG